UUUUUUUAUUAUUGCAUUUUUUUUUUCUUUCUUCUUUCUCUCACAUAUUUAGUAUUCAAGCUAAAACAAAUGAAAUACGUUUUCUUCAUAUAUUUCCUUUAAACAUUCUUUUUGCUUGUUAUAAUGGUUAUCUUACUUUAUUAAAAUACUUUAGUUCAUUUACUAGUUUGUUUGUCUUUACUUCUUCUCUUUUAAAUCAUUCUUUUUUAUGUUAAUCUUUUAGGUAAAAAUUUAAUUCUAUUAAAUAAAUAUCAUUUCACUAAAUACGCUUGGUUAUUAUAUCGUAAAUAUAAUGAAUUACCACAUGAAACUUCUACUAGACUCUUUGAGGCAAUUCCAUUGGCUCAACAAUUAACUGGAAUUAAUCAAAAAGGAAUUUUAUUUCAUAUAAUGAGAGUUUUAAAAAUUUUAGUCUCUGGUCUUUGUUUAAUUAUUAUUCCUUUAGCCUCAUUAACUAAAUUUACUUUCUUUGGUAUUUCUUCAACUCUAUUAUUAAUGAUUGCAAUUCCUACUAUCGCUCUUAUUUAUUCUCAAACAUAUAAAAAACAAACAAUUAAAUCCCCUAGACAAAUAGCUCAAUAUUUACAAAACUUCACUAAAUAUUACGAUGAAAGAUGGGAAAAUCCUUCUAUGGAAAGACAAUUAUUAACUGAGUUUGAAAAUUCAAUAUUUAAAUCAAAUUUAAAACAAAGUUUGGAUGAAAUUAUUGCUCCAUUUUAUGUUAAUUCUUUAUUAUCUCACAACUUAUUUUCUUCAAAUUCUGAAUUAGUUAAUUUAAUCAGUUCUGGUGAAUUACAACCUCUUCCACCUCCUCAACUUCAAAGUAAUACUACAUUUACAUCAUCUCUUCAUGGAUUAUCAGCUUAUUUGAAUUUAGUACAUAAUUAA